AUGGGCCGACCCUCCUCCGAGGGCGUCCAGUCCACCUCCCAUCACACCUGCGGUGGGGAAGGAGAAGCAGAUCGCGGCAGGGCUGCACCCAUCGCCCUGGGCACGGCGACAUCCUGGGGCCCCAGCCCACUGCGGGAAAGUCGAGGCUCGGUAGAAGGAAAGAGGCCGCUUCGUGUCACAGUCAGAACCGACUUAGGGAACGGGAAGGAGGACGCGGGCGUCGCGGACCGGCGUUUCGGGAGCCGGAAGCGGAGCCACCGAAGCAGCCAGCUCCGAGGAAUCGGCGUCGCCGCGCUGCUCGUGCUGGCGGGCAUCGGGGCGCGCCUGGGCCUCGAGAGAGCGCACAGCCCGCGCGCGCGGCGCACGGUGACCAGGACACUGACAGAACUUCUGAAGCAACCAGGACCCCAGGAACCUCUGCCUCCACCUCUGGGCCCAGCCCUGGGUAGCUGCGUGCAAGUGCAGAUGAGUGAUGGCCUCUCUAGAGGCUCCCCCCGCAACAGCACAGACAAGAAACGCCUCAACAACGCGCCCCUGGGGUCGGCCACCCCAGGGCCCCCGCGUGGCCCCCGGCUGCAAGCUGGUUGCAGCGUGACGCUGCAGGCCGACUACGCCAAGUACGCCACCCUCAAGGCCGCCGCGGUCAAGGCCGCAGGUGAGUGGCCAGGUGCGUGGGCACCCCGGGUGUGCGAACGGCGGCUGCCCGCCCGAGUCCCAGGGCCGGCUCCGCACUUCCCGACCUCCCCCGGCCACGCGCCCCGCCGCCAGUUCAGCGUAGAAAAACUGCCCGAGGCCUUCAACCCGCAGGCCCCUGGUCUUUAUGCCGGCGCCGGCCGCGGGCCCCGGCAUUUGAGCACCAACAGCAAAGCCGAGGUGACCGUGUGAAGGAGGCCGCGGUCCUCCGGAGGCAUCGCUGGGCGCCCUCGUCCGCCCCGCUCCAGGCCAGAGAAAGAGGAACGCCGGCCUGGAGAGCCAGCCCAUCCGUCUGCCCAGAUGGACUGGGGUCCUUGGAGCCUGCAGGGCUUAAGAAGGUGCCCGCUGGGUAGGGCCGGUGGUCCUGCCCUUGGACCCUGUAAAUAGACCUGUUUCUGUGGUUCCGCCUGAGAAUAAAGGAGCCCAGUUGGCUGGGAGAAGACGGAUGGCUUUGGUCAUUGGCCGCAGACGGCAGUGCAGGCAGAGGGCACAGCGUGUGCGGGAGCCGUGUGCGGGAGCCACUGUUCCCGACCUGGCCGCGAGUGUGCCGGGAACAGGAUGAAGGGGCUGCAGAGGGUGGCCAUGGCCGGAUGCCAGG